GAUUCCUUCAAACCUCAGCAUACCUCAGCCAAUUUUUCAGAGGCCAUGGCACUUUUUCCGGUGACUCGUGACCUUGGCCCAGUGCUGCUGCUGGCGCUGACCGCGUUUCUCUGGAAGAAGCAUUUCUAUAUGCGCGGCUUGACCUACCGAAGAACGGUGGUCCCAGUGGCCCGCGAACGCCUACUGAAAUCCAUCUUCUACCUGGGAUUUCUGGGUACUUUGGAUACUGUCCUCCGCCGUUCCGGCCAAGUGCUCUCAACAAUUUUGCCCAAAGCCCUAGCUCAGCUGUUGCCCUCCGAAAUGGUGGGCUUCCUGUUGCGCCUUUGUUUGUUGCACCUGCCUUGGGCCCUUUGGGCCUACCGCGGUCCCUUGAGUGAGAAGGGCUCCACCCGUGAUGACCGCGGUUGGUCGGACGCCGUGACGCGCUCCGCGCUCUGGCGCAACAUGGCGAAGUGCUUCGGGACGCGCAUCGUGCUGUCGGAGGAGUGGAGACAGCUCAGUGAGGAGCAGAGACGACGAUGGUUUGAUCGGCACUACGUCAUCGCCAUGCAUCCCCAUGGGCUUCUGCCACUUGGGGCGAUCCUCAACGGCCUAACCUGGGCCGGUGGAGGCUUGAAGGGAAUCACUGCCUCUGGAGCUGAACUCCCUGAACCUGAGAAUGGUGGCAAGCUGCUGCAUCAACGAUGGUUCAGGCACAUGAAAUUGCGUGCUGCUGUCGCGUCUGGAGCAUGUGGUCUUUUUCCGGGCUUCUAUGAGAUGUUCACCACUUUAGGUGCCUUUGAAUGUACCAAGCCCUUCAUCCGCGACGUGCUGCGGCAGCAGAAGGACGUGGCCAUCUUCGUGGGCGGCGCGCAGGAGAGCUGUUAUGCUACUCCUGGACGAUAUGUUUGCUUUGUGAGUGCUCACAAAGGUUUUGUGCGCUUGGCCCUCGAAGAACACCGAGACAUCCUUCCCAUGUGGACCUUUGGAGAUGAAUCCAUCAUGCCGCAGAUGCUCAAGCCGCCUGCCUGGCUAACAGCCUUGCAAACAUACUUCAAGAGUAUCACUGGCCUGCUGGUGCCUCCGGGCUUUUCUGGGCUGCCCCGCUUUGUUCCGCUGACGUUGGUCACAGGUGUUCCCGUCUCAUUGGAAGACCUUUGGCCAGCCAAACUGGGAGAUGCUGUCACGGAUGCAGCGGUGGAGGAGGGACAUCGCCGCUACAUCCAGGCGCAGCAGAAACUUUUCGAUAGCAACAAGGCCCUGGUGGCAGGUGACCACAAGAACGCGGCGCAGAUGGCCGGCUCUGCGCAGCCUGGGUACCGGCACGAUGGUUCCACGGCAACGUCCACGGCCACGUCCGGCCAAAGAAUAAGGCCAGUCGGGCUUCAGGUACCAGGCCUCGAUAGUACGCGAAACGAUGCCGUCAGCGACCGUCAGAUGCUCCUCUUGGCGGAAUUGAUCGACGCUGAGCGAGAGAGGGUGAAGAAGGAAGAACUGAGGUUGCUCCAGAUGUUGAUGCAGGAGGAGGCACCUGCGCUUUCAGGAGGUCGCUCGGGUCUCCAGCCUUCGGAGAACGCCUUUUCGGCACAAAGGUGGGUCUCGAAAGUUUCGGGGACAAGACGACAAGACGACAAGACGACAAGUUUAGUGGUGUUUUUCCUGCGAGGCGGGAAGGGACCUGGAGCCGUGGAGACAGGUGAUCAGCCAACGGACCUCCAGGUUAGUAGCUUGUCGGAGCAGCUGCGUCGCGCCAUCAACGCCAAGAACUGGGCGGACGUGAACGUGCUCAUCAAUUCACCCGAGCAAGUCUGGCUGUUGGCCUGUUCGGAGAGGGGCUCUAGGCAGCUACAACAGCUUUUGAAGACGUCCAGUGACACGGAGCAGGCGGCCUUCAAGUCAGCUGUCGACAAGGUCAUCAUGGGGCUUCAAUCACAUGUCUUGGAGGCGACGGCUUCCAAUGGCACCUGGAACUACUCCAACUAUGUCUUGCAAGCGUUGAUUCAGGCCUUGCCUGUGGAGAGGUUUACGUUCAUCCUUGAGGAGAUGAAGACCCAGGUGGUGAACGUGGCUCUAGAUCCCCAAGGCUGUCGUGUGCUUCAACGUCUCUUGGAGCACACCUUGCAUGACGAGGAGCGUGCAAGGUCCCUAUUGGAAGAGCUGAAACCUGAAAUCAAGAGGCCGGGGCUCAGCCUUUUCGAUGUCUUUGAAACUAUCAGCCGUUGA